AUGACACAUCAGCAAGAUGCGUCUCAGUUAGUUGGGCUGCAUAACGACCUGGAAAAGGCAUGCAGGUCGCUAUCAUAUUCAAAAAUAUUAUCUUUUGCGGACAAAGUGCUGGCACUUUUUCCUGAUGACGACUAUGCUAAUAAGUGCAAAGCUGUCGCGCUAGUUCACCUUGAGCGUUUUGAAGACUGUCUGGACUUCAUCCGGAAGAAAAAAUUAAGUGAAUGCGUAAUGCCGAAGGCUUAUUGUGAAUACCGUCUUAAUCGAUUGGACGACGCCUUGAAAACAAUAAAAAACAGUGGUCUUGAGAACCCUGGCCUUCUUGAACUUCAAGCUCAAAUUCUUUACCGCAAGGAAGAGUUUGAGAAUUCUUACGACUGUUAUAAGACCCUGACCAAGACCUUCAAAGAUGAUUAUGAAGAUGAAAGGUUUACCAAUAUUGUGGCCAUAGCUGCCGCCUUAGCUGAAAUGCAGCAAAAAACUCGGUCACCCGAAUACAAACCUGCCUUGUUCGAAACUGACUUUAACAUCGCCUGUUACCACGUUGGCCGAAAAGAAUAUUCGAAGGCCCUUAAAUUCUUAAAAAAAGCCGAGGACCUUUGUCGCGAUUCUUUCAACGAUGACCCCAAUACCACAGAAGACCAAAUCGAUCAGGAAACAGCACCGAUACGGUCAGGUGAUCCCUCCCUCAUGGCAGUAGCUGCCAACAAUCUCAUAUGCAUCAACCGCGAGCAAAACGUAUUUGACACCAAAAAGCGCAUCAAGGCAAUCGCUGUGGAGUCCUUGAAGCACAAACUCUUCCGAUUCCAACGUACCGCCAUGCUCUUCAACCAGGGUCUAUUCUACCUCCAAGCCGGUCAGCUGGAAGCAUGCCGUGCCAAAGUGAAAGCCGUUCUGGAGGAGGACCCAAACUGCGUGCCAGGUUUGUUGCUCAACGCGGCCUAUCUAACUAGGAUAAAGCAACUGCCCCAAGCCAUCAAAAUUCUUGAGGCCUACUGUCAGUCCCCGGCCUACUCUGAGAGCCCCGUCUUCGGUAAAGGUGAAGGGCGUCUCCUGGUGCCGCUCUAUCUGCUGCAUCUGCAUCUGCUGCGC